GCAGUACCAUCUGCUUUGCAACCCGUCCCUGGUGGAAAGGCACAAUGACCACACUGUUUCUCUUCCAGCUUCUUGUCAAGACAUGGAAGCCGUCGCCAAGUUUGAUUUCGUGGCCUCGGGUGAAGAUGAACUGAGCUUUCACACUGGAGAUAUUCUGAAGAUACUAAGCAACCAAGAGGAGUGGCUGAAGGCGGAGCUCCGAAGCCAAGAAGGAUAUGUGCCUAAGAAUUUUAUAGAUAUUGAGUUUCCUGAGUGGUUCCAUGAAGGCCUCUCUCGACACCAAGCAGAGAACUUACUCAUGAGCAAGGAAAUUGGAUUCUUCAUCAUCAGGGCCAGUCAGAGCUCCCCAGGAGACUUCUCCAUCUCUGUCAGGCAUGAGGAUGAUGUGCAGCACUUCAAAGUCAUGAGAGACAACAAGGGCAAUUACUUCCUGUGGACUGAGAAGUUCCCGUCCCUGAACAAGCUGGUGGACUACUAUAGGACGACUUCCAUCUCCAAACAGAAGCAGAUCUUCCUUCGAGAUGGAACCAAAGAAGAUCAGGGUCACCGGGGCAACAGCCUGGAUAGGAGGUCCCAGGGAGGCCCUCACCCAAGUGGAAGUGUAGGAGAAGAAAUCCGCCCUUUGAUGAACCGCAAGCUGUCAGAUAACCCUCCUGCCCGUCCCCAACAGUACCACCAGCACCAGCAGCCACCUCCUCAGUUCCCAGCAGGGCCGCAGCCCCCUCUACAGCGGUAUCCACAGCACCAUCCUUUUCACCAGGACCGCCGUGGGGGCAGCCUAGACAUAAAUGACGGACACAGUGGCAUUGGCAGCGAGAUGAAUGCCACCUUGAUGCAACGGAGACAUACGGACCCCGUGCAGCUCCAGGUGGCAGGGCGAGUGCGCUGGGCCCGGGCCCUGUAUGACUUCGAGGCUCUGGAGGAGGAUGAGCUGGGAUUCCGAAGUGGAGAGGUGGUUGAAGUCCUGGACAGCUCUAACCCAUCUUGGUGGACCGGCCGUCUACACAACAAACUGGGUCUCUUCCCUGCCAACUAUGUGGCUCCCAUGAUGCGAUGAGUCCUGCUGGGAGGCUAGAAGCUUUUUGUCCGAAGCUGCCGGCCAGAUAGGGACAAGGGAAAACAGCUGGACUUUAUAACUACACAUGCAUGCAUGUGAUGUUCAUGUGUGCCCGUGCGUACACAAAACAUGUAUAUGUAUGCCCAUGUCUACACACAACAUUUUAUACUAGUAAUUUAUUGGCA